CAUUCGCACGCUGUAAAGAGGACAGAUACACACCUGUAGCUUAAAUUCCUACUACUAAUUUAAUGAACUGCUUGAAGACUGUACCAAGCCUCGAGAUAUUUCGAGUCUUAUUAUAAAUUAAUAUUAAUGUUCUUAAAAAUCACUAAAACAUUUAAUAUUUAACUUCGUGUAUUUAUAUAUAACAUUUUAACAUCUUGGAAGACCAUCUCGUCAGCCUAUGAUGUCUGGUAAGAGCUCUAGCUGCACGGCCUGUGGUCACAAGUCUCGCGUUAGUAAGGAGCGCACGUACACGGACGAUGAUUAUGACUAUCUGUGUAAAGUGGUACUUAUGGGAGACACAGGAGUUGGGAAAAGUAACCUGUUGUCCAGAUUCACUAGGAACAUGUUCAAAUUAGACAGUAAAUUUACAAUUGGCGUGGAGGUUGCUACAAGAAAUACACAAGUGGACGGAAAGACGAUGAAAGCACAGAUCUGGGACACAGCUGGUCAAGAGCGAUUUCGAGCCAUCACUAGCGCGUACUAUCGUGGAGCUGUUGGGGCGUUACUAGUCUAUGAUAUAGGUAAACACCCGACAUAUGAGAAUGUGGAGCGCUGGCUGAAGGAGCUGCGGGACCAUGCUGAUAAUAACAUUGUCAUCAUGCUGGUGGGCAACAAGAGUGACUUACGUCAUCUACGAGCUGUGCCUACAGACGAGGCCAAGGCCUUUGCAGAGAAGAAUAACAUGUCUUUCAUAGAAACAUCAGCCCUGGAUUCUACCAAUGUGGAAACAGCAUUUCAAAAUAUAUUAACAGAGAUUUACAAAAUAGUAUCUAUGAAACAGAUACGGGACAGUAACGACGACGAUAACUCGCCCAGUAGCAAUGUACAAACAAUACAGGUGGCGCCUACAGACAAUUCUAUGCCUCGCCCACAAAAGUGUUGUAAUGUCUGAGACUGCCCCUUCACAUUUCGUGGUUUAACCUAACACUUUCAUCACUGAAGACCAUAAUGGACUCAACCAGAUCAAAGCCUGGAAGUGUUUACUAAAGUUACAUAGGGGUGAGAGGGUUAACUUUCCGGUUGCGACGUAUUAUGUAACCGAUAUCCGUUCAUAUGUCGCUCAAUGAUUUCACCUCUCUAGCGCUUUCAUGUCGCUCGUUGGUGUCACCUCUCUAGCACUUAAAUGUCGCUCGUUGGUUUCACCUCUCUAGCACUUAAAUGUCGCUCGUUGGUGUCACCCUCUAGCGCUUAAAUGUCGCUCGUUGAUGUCACCUCACUAGCGCUUUCAUGUCGCUCGUUGAUAUCUCCUCUCUGACACUUUAAUGUCGCUCGUUGAUGUCACCUCUCUAGCACUUUAAUGUCGCUCGUUGAUGUCACCUCUCAAGCGCUUUAAUGUCGCUCAUUGAUUUCACCUCUCCAGCGCUUUAAUGUCGCUCGUUGAUGUCAACUCUCUAGCACUUUAAUGUCGCUCGUUGGUGUCACCUCUCUAGCACUUUAAUGUUGCUCGUUGGUGUCACCUCUCUAGAGUUUUAAAAUGUCGCUCAUCGAUGUCACCGCUCAAGCGCUUUCGUGUCGCUCAUUGGUGUCACCUCUCUAACACUUUCGUGUUGCUCAUUGAUGCCGACUCUCUAGCACUUUAAUGUCGCUCGUUGGUGUCACCUCUCUAGCGCUUAAAUGUCGCUCUAAGAUGUCAUCUCUCGAACACCUAAAUGUCGCUCGUUGAUGUCACCUCUCUAGAGUUUUAAAAUGUCGCUCAUCGAUGUCACCUCUCAAGCGCUUUCGUGUCGCUCAUUGAUGUCACCUCUCGAGCGCUUUCGUGUUGCUCAUUGGUGUCACCUCUCUAGCACUUUAAUCCAUCUCGGAUUUCCAUGAAACUGUCCAGAAAAUCAGAUGAAAUACCUAGGAAGCUAGAAGGAGUUGGGGUACUGCACUCUACACCCAAGUUCAGCCUCACUCUAGAUAGUAGCCCGAGUUUCCUCUGGCCCCGACA